GCAUUCUUUCGAGCGAUGGAAGGCCCCAUCCCCCUAGCCCUCUCGCGGUCCCGGCUCUUCUUCCUAAAUAUAACGGACCUCCCGCGUAUUUCCCAUACUGAUCUGUCCCCUCGGUUCGCUCGCUUUUGGCGUGGCAUAAUUGUAGUAGUAAAAAAGCCUGGCAUCGCGUUGGACAUGCCCAUGAGCCACCACUCCGACGAGCAGCGCUCCGCCCGCGCCCUCGGCGCGAAGACGGCGCGUGCCUGCGACAGCUGCCUCCGUCGCCGAGCCCGGUGGUACUGCGCUGCCGACGACGCCUUCCUCUGCAUGGCCUGCGAUGCAUCCGUCCACUCCGCCAACCCCCUCGCCCGCCGCCACCACCGCCUCCGCCUCAAGAUCUCUUCCUCCUCCUCUUCUCCUCCUCCAUCCUCUAAUUCCGACGAUGCACUCCCGCCUUGGCUCCACGGCUUCAAACGCGGGGCCCGCACUCCCCGCAUCAAGCCGACGAUGGCUGGACCUCCGAAGUUAGAGCCACUUGUGCCGGACCUCGAGGCAGAUGAGAAGCUGCACGCUGAGGAGGAGUACCUGCUCUACCGCGUGCCCAUCUUCGACCCCGUCCUCGCCGAAUUCUGCUCACCACCGGCAAUCAAUGACGCCGACACCCUCGCCGACGAGGCAAAGCCGGUGGUGCAGCUACCGGAGCAUGCACAUGUUGCUGCCGCAGCCGCUGCUGACAGUCUCGCUGGGUUCCACUCAACCGACCUGGACCUUGCGGAGUUUGUAGCCGAUGUGGAGACGCUCCUCGGUCGAGGGCUCGAUGAUGGCGCGUUCUGCAUCGAUGGGCUGGGCCUGAUGAAUUCAGCAGAGGAUGAUGGCAAAGGGCGAGUGAAGGUGGAGCUGGACAUCGGUGCGGGGAGCGACGUCAUGGCCUGCACCAUUGAUAUGGAGAUUAAUCCUUCUAGGAAGACGCUCGACCUUGACUUUGGCUUCCGGUCGCCAGCAGCAGGGGAGGAACUUGAAGAGCAGAAAGCUGCAGAAGAAGCAGCCAUGGCAUCAGGUGGUGGCUGCGGAGUGGAGACAGUAGCGGCAGGGAGGGGGAUGAUACUGAAGCUGGACUAUGAGGCGGUCAUCGCCGCCUGGUCUUGCAACGGCUGCUCGCCAUGGACCGACGGGGAGCGCCCACAAUUCAACCCGGACGAUUGCUGCCCCAUCUUCACGGGGAUGAUGUGGAGCGGCGGCGUUGGAGAAGGUGACGCGGGGGAGGUGGGGAUGAUGGCGGGGGGCGGAGGGAGGGAGGCGAGGGUGGCGAGGUACCGGGAGAAGCGGAGGACGAGGCUGUUCUCGAAGAAGAUCCGGUACGAGGUGCGGAAGCUCAAUGCGGAGAAGCGGCCACGGAUGAAGGGCCGCUUCGUGAAGCGCACGGCGUUCUCCGCUGCGGGGCCUGCGGCAUCUCCCUUCAUUGAUGGCGGUUCCGGGGAGCAAAACGCAUGCCGAGGAGCGGUAAUGCAGUACUGGUAGCCGUGCCUCGCUGCCCUUAGUAAAAACUCUAGAAAUAAUGACCCUUUUUAUUCUCUCGCUCCAGAUUUGCUGUUUUUAUUGUUUUUACUGCCGUGAAAUAGGUGGGCUUAUUUAUGGAACCAAACCUUAAUCAGAUGCGGCUGACUGUGCCUAGUUUUUUUGCUAGUACGCACGGUUGGUGCCAUUUUCAUGUCGUCAUUGUAAAGAUGCCUUUGAUCUAGAAAUAAUAGAAGGAAUUUGAGUUCUAAUAAA